AUGAGUUUUUCACAGUGGAUAUAUUCCGUCUUUCAUCCCGAGAGACCAACAUUAUCAAACCUCCAUCUGAUGAGUGAGAGCCAACCUCUGAGGGGUUUGCAGACCCCUUGCUCUGUGAUACUGACUGGUGCUGUAUCCAUCGGCGAUGAAAGAAUUGAGGAAACCUUCAAAAAGAUGGUCUCUCACAUUGGCGGAAUAGAUAAUAUUUUGCUGAUAGGAGCUUCCGGUUAUGGUACAGAAAAUGAUGGUGGUAGAAGUGGGAUACUCCAGGAACUGUCAUUCAUCCUGUUUCAGUCUACAGAAAAGAACCCGUCCAGGCCAAAAGAUGAAAGGAAUGAAGAUAAUGCAGGAAGGAGCUGCUUGCAAUCUUGUGUCACAUCCAAAUCCAGAAUAUUUGAGUUUCCCGUCAUUUUGACAGUUUUUCGGGAAACAAUGAUAAUGAACCCUGCUAACACUACCCUCAUUAUAGAGAUGUUGAGAGAUAUCAAGCUUCGGGUCAAAGGUUCUAAAAAAGCCUUGGUGGGAAUAAUCUACAGCCAGGAACAACGGGGAGAGACCAACAUGGAGAGUCAAAGUCGCCUUAGGAGUCUUUUGGGAAAAGUAUUCAAGAAACUGCAAUGGGGGGUCUGCUUUUAUUGUCAAUCCCAGCCUGAGACCAUUUUAGAGGUAAAGAGGACUAUCAAAGAAACAUUGGAAAUACCAACCAGAGGCAAGUGGUUAUCUUUAUUUUCUCUACAGGAAAUAAUUUGCACUUCUUUAUCUCUUUCUACCUUAUUAUAUCUUAUUUUAACACUAUAUAUUGUCAUAUAUUCAAUAAAUAUCUACGUAUUGUCAUAUAUGCUCUAUACCUCGUUAUAAAUUAUCUAUCUGUACUUCAUUAUAUCUCUUCUGUAUCUCUAUAUCAUGUAAUACCUCCUGUAUACUUUAUUAUAUUUAUUAUUAUUAUUAUAUGUUAAAUUCAUAUCUCUCUAUAUCGCAUAUUUCCUCUAACUCUCUAUAGCAUGUAAUAUCUCCUGUAUACUUCAUUAUAUUUAUUAUUAUAUGUUAAAUUCAUAUCUGAUAUCUCUCUAUAUCGCACAUUUCCUCUAGCUCUCUAUAGCAUGUAAUAUCUCCUGUAUACUUCAUUAUAUUUAUUACUAUAUGUUAAUUUCAUAUCCUUCUAUAUCGCGCAUUUCCUCUAACUCUCUAUGGCAUGUAGCUUUAGAGAGCAGCUUUGUAAAACUUACUGACAAACAAUUCUCUCUAAACGGCAAACAAUGGCGAUCAGUAUCCCACCUCUAGUGAGAGAAAUAAACUGUAAAGUGUAUAAACUAAAUUAUAUAUUGUCUUUCUCCCAAAGACAUAUUUGACUAAGGUCACAAUCCAAAUUUAACAAACCAUUGUUCUGCCGGUAAUGCCAUCAAAUCAGAAAACAUGAUUAGCCUAAAACUGGGUUUGAACUCUGAUUAAAUCAUCAAUCUUGUGAUUUUGAGGUCAAUAGCAAAAUAUCGGAAGAUUACGGUAACUAAAAAAAAAUCACAGUUUGAAACCAGGUGCAUUGAUAAUACUAAUCGGUAAUGGGUGUUUAAUUAUCACAUGAUGUUACAUAGGGGAAUUGCCAUGUGUAUAUUUGUUUAAGGUGUACACACUGACUUUAUUGUCCUCAGGUGUAUUUGUUAUGUUAUGAUUUGCUAUGCUAUGUUUUGUCCUUAUACCCCUUUGUCCUUAAAGCUUAUUUGUCCUUGAACCCUUGGUAAACAUUAAACUCUACAUCAACCCCAUGCCUAACCCUCUCAGGCUGCAUCUCCUACAAGCUGUGUGUUUGUGAUUGUAUGUGAUUUUUUUGUGUGCGUUUGUGAGUAUAUGCCGUGUCUUCAUUCUGUAUUAAUAUAUUGACUUAUAUCGAACUUGUAAAUAUCUCCCUAGCUAGUUCGGCUUAAAGUUUGAUUAACACAGUGCAUUCCGUAAGAUCGCAUUCCCUGUAAAGAGCAGCCAUUACCAUUCUUGUUCGAAAGAUAUCUCAAUAUGGGAUAUAUUUGGCAUGAGAGAUCCUUUCACUAUCUCCCCCCUGUUUUCCACUAUUCGUUCUGUGUAAUGUAUCCCUCCCCCCUUCACAUUCUUCUUGUCACUUUAUCACUGUCGCACAAUCCAAACUAUUUGGUUUCCAGGGCUUAGCCCUUGAUAAAUACCUUGGUGACAAGUACAAAGCGUUAGCUCAGAGCUGAAAGGAACAGACCGAGUAACAAAGCAAUAUCUUUGUAUACUGUGCUACUGUGCAAGGCUGCCAUCAGAAAUACUGGGGCCCCUUACACAGCUCGAACGCUACACAUGCAGGCUCCAAGCACCAGGACCACUUUGAAUCACUAAAUUGGUCAGGCUUGUUGGUGUAACCUAUUCUGUGUUUGUGUUUUAGGAAGUGAAGAGAUGUAAAUAACUAUUUUAUUUGUCUGACAUUCUGUAGUACUCCAAUAUUUUAAAAUAAGUGUAUCUUUCCUUUGUUUAUUUCAGAUCAAUCUAAAAUGGACAUCAAGACUGAUGAUCUACAGAGAUCCUUUCAAGACCUUGUGCACCAUCUUGGGGGUAAGGAGAGAUUUCUCCUGGUUGGAAACAUUUGUCCCUCUGCACGCCCCUCUGAGAAGGCCUUGAUAUUCAAGGAGUUGAGUAGAGAACUCUUUGGAGAUGAUGUGGAAACUCCUACUAGAAGCCAGAGUAAUGAAGAAUUUAUGCUGAUCAAACAGAAUGCCAAAAUGUUCUCUGGGGAGUGCACUAAACUCCCCAAGCCAAUGUCUUUCCCUUACCCACUCAUCUUGGUGGUAUUUCACCACACGUUCCUCAGAGAAGAUAUAAAUCAGAUUCAGGUCAAGGAGAUAUUGGUGGAUGUUAAGACAAGAGUUAAGAAAAACCGCACAGGAAUUAUAGCGGUGAUGUAUAGUUCAGAGGUCAUAGAGGAAGGGAAAUGUCAGAUAUACGAGACCCUUCUCCUAAAGUUAUUGCAUCAAACCUUUGGAAGUACUGUUGGGGUCUGUACCUAUGUAAGAUCUAAGCCCAAAACAGUGGAGAAGAUAAAAAGAUGUGUUUCUGAUGUCAUAAAACAAGCAAUAGAAAUGUCUUCAUAGCGUUAAGAAAUAUAAACUGAGAUACUAGAUAGCACCGUCAAUCAGUCACGGCUACGGGUGAAUACAUUGCCUGCAGAUUUGUUUUUAUUCCAGACUACUAUACAUAAUUCAAACUCUUCCAGCUAAUUGGAGUCACCAGGUAUAUGCUUACUAUAUGAUUCACAUUACUCAAAUACAUUUGGAAUUUUCACAAUACUUGUGAUCACACAAAAAGUAAGGAGUCUUGUAGACUACAUUCACACACACACAAACCUGUUAUUACAUCAAACCCCACACCUAAGAAUGCAGCUUCUAUUAAAUAUCAUCCACAAUCACACCAAACUCUUUAGGACACGCAGCCUAAAUAAUUUUAACUACCAUCCUCUCCCACUGUCUAGGAAUCCUUCGCUUGAGCCUAACGUGUUACUUUCCUCAGUACAGCUUUUAAUUCCAUGUUACUUUAUAACUAUUUUCAUUCCUCUACUUCGUUUAUUUAAAGGACAACUGUCACCUCAAAACUAGGUUUUAAAAUAAUAAUCCUUUAUCAAGUUUUGAAAGGUAAGUUGUUUUUUUGGGGUUUUUUUUAAAUGAAGUAUCUGUAAAAAAAAUACAAAAACCCUUAUUCCUCAUUCUUUUAGUAUAAAUCAGAAUCUUCAGCCUUAUGCUAGCACCUUGGGUCAGACAUUGUUUGAAAAUCAUUAGUUAGUCUCUAUAGUCUUCCCUGCUUCAAGGGAGUCAGCACAAAGGGACCUUGAUGCUGGAAUCAAGUGAAUGAAAGAAAGGGUUAUUUAACCCUUUCUAUGUCGAGGGGGGGGAGCAUGAUGGAGGGGAGGGCAGAAGAACACUUUAGAUGUGAUGGAAGGAAGGCAUGAUGGAGGGGAAUGCAGAAGAACACGUUACAUGUGAUGGAAGGAAGGCAUGAUGGAGGGGAGGGCAGAAGAACACUUUAGAUGUGAUGGAAGGAGGGCAUGAUGGAGGGGAGGGCAGAAGAACACUUUAGAUGUGAUGGAAGGAGGGCAUGAUGGAGGGGAGGGCAGAAGAACACUUUAGAUGUGACAGAAGAACUUUAGAUGUGAUGGAAGGAGAAGGCAUGAUGGAGGGGAAGGCAGAAGAACACGUUACAUGUGAUGGAAGGAGGGCAUGAUGGAGGGAGGGCAGAAGAACACUGAUGUGAUGGAAGGAGGCAUGAUGGAGGGGAGGGCAGAAGAACACUUUAGAUGUGAUGGAAGGAGGGCAUGAUGGAGGGGAGGGAAGAGGAACAGUUUAGAUGUGAUGGAAGGAGGGCAUGAUGAGGGGAGGGCAGAAGAACACUUUAGAUGUGAUGGAAGGAGGGCAGAAGAACACUUUAGAUGUAAUGGAAGGAGGGCAUGAUGGAGGGGAGGGCAGAAGAACACUUUAGAUGUGAUGAAAGGAGGGCAUGAUGGAGGGGAGGGCAUAAGAACACUUUACAUAUGAUGGAAGGAGAGCAUGAUGGAGGGGAGGGCAGAAGAACACUUUAGAUGUGAUGAAGGAGGGCAUGAUGGAGGGGAGGGCAGAAGAACACUUUAGAUGUGAUGGAAGGAGGGCAUGAUGGAGGGGAGGGCAGAAGAACACUUUAGAUGUGAUGGAAGGAGGGCAUGAUGGAGGGGAGGGCAGAAGAAUACUUUAGAUGUGAUGGAAGGAGGGCAUGAUGGAGGGGAGGGCAGAAGAACACUUUAGAUGUGAUGGAAGGAAGGCAUGAUGGAGGGGAGGCAGAAGAACACGUGAUGUGAUGGAAGGAGGCAUGAUGGAGGGGAGGGCAGAAGAACACUUUAGAUGUGAUGGAAGGAGGGCAUGAUGGAGGGGAGGGCAGAAGAACACUUUAGAUGUGAUGGAAGGAGGGCAUGAUGGAGGGGAGGGCAGAAGAACACUUUAGAUGUGAUGGAAGGAGGGCAUGAUGGAGGGGAGGGCAGAAGAACACUUUAGAUGUGAUGGAAGGAGGGCAUGAUGGAGGGGAGGGCAGAAGAACACUUUAGAUGUGAUGGAAGGAAGGCAUGAUGGAGGGGAGGGCAGAAGAACACGUUAGAUGUGAUGGAAGGAAGGCAUGAUGGAGGGGAGGGCAGAAGAACACUUUAGAUGUGAUGGAAGGAGGGCAUGAUGGAGGGGAGGGCAGAAGAACACUUUAGAUGUGUUGGAAGGAGGGCAUGAUGGAGGGGAGGGCAGAAGAACACUUUAGAUGUGAUGGAAGGAAGGCAUGAUGGAGGGGAAGGCAGAAGAACACGUUACAUGUGAUGGAAGGAAGGCAUGAUGGAGGGGAGGGCAGAAGAACACUUUAGAUGUGAUGGAAGGAAGGCAUGAUGAAGGGGAGGGCAGAAGAACACUUUAGAUGUGAUGGAAGGAGGGCAUGAUGGAGGGGAGGGCAGAAGAACACUUUAGAUGUGAUGAAAGGAGGGCAUGAUGGAGGGGAGGGCAGAAGAACACUUAGAUGUGAUGGAAGGAGAGCAUGAUGGAGGGGAGGGCAGAAGAACACUUUAGAUGUGAUGGAAGGAGGGCAUGAUGGAGGGGAGGGCAGAAGAACACUUUAGAUGUGAUGGAAGGAGGGCUUGAUGGAGGGGAGGGCAGAAGAACACUUUAGAUGUGAUGGAAGGAGGGGCAUGAUGGAGGGAGGGCAGAAGAACACUUUAGAUGUGAUGGAAGGAAGGCAUGAUGGAGGGAGGGCAGAAGAACACUUUAGAUGUGAUGGAAGGAGGGCAUGAUGGAGGGGAGGGAAGAGGAACAGUUUAGAUGUGAUGGAAGGAGGGCAUGAUGAGGGGAGGGCAGAAGAACACUUUAGAUGUGAUGGAAGGAGGGCAGAAGAACACUUUAGAUGUAAUGGAAGGAGGGCAUGAUGGAGGGGAGGGCAUACGUUAGAUGUGAUGGAAGGAGGGCAGGAUGGAGGGAAGGGCAGAAGAACACUUUAGAUGUAAUGGAAGGAGGGCAUGAUGGAGGGGAGGGCAUACGUUAGAUGUGAUGGAAGGAGGGCAUGAUGGAGGGGAGGGCAGAAGAACACUUUAGUGUUAGUAAUACAACUUUGUAUUCCUGACACUAUAAUGUUCCUUUCACUCCCAUAGAGACUCACUGUCGGUUUUUAAACACUGUCUGACCAAAGGUGCAUGUAUAUGGCUGAAGGAUCCUGUCAUACUAAAGAAAGAGAUGAGUUUCUCUCAUGUAUAUAACCUCAGAUCCACUACCAGUACUUUAUUUAGCAUACCACAAUACAAAAAUAAAGUGGCUCGAUUCUCACUUUCCUACAGAGCACCGCAAAUUACAGAAUAAUCUCUCGGACACCAUCAAAUUCUCCUCCAUUCUAAAAUCCUUUAAUGGAUCACUGUCAAUAUAUCUCAGUACAGAAUGCACCUGUAAUCAUGGUUAAUUAUAUUGGUACCUGUUCUGUUUUAAAUGUAUAUAUGUGUAUUUUAAUAUUAUUUAGUAUUUUUAAUAUUAUAUUAUACCCUACUGUAAUAAAUGGAAUGUUUGUUGGCCCAGGACAUACUUAAAAAUGAGAGAAAUCUCCUUCCUGGUAAAAUAUUUUAUAAAUAAAAAAAUAUAUAGGGAUGGAGCUAGAAUCAAGUAAGCAGGUGACUCAUACAGAUCUUACAUUGGGUGAGCUACGCUGUUCACUUUACAAUAAUAAUAUUAACAAAGUAUUUAACCAGGAAAGGCACAUACAGAUUACUCUGAUUUUCAAGAACGUCCUGGGAAUGUUACCUUAGCCCAACAUCCAGGGGUUGUUACAAUCAGGAAGAUGUUUUGUGAAAAGGAAAGGCGCAGGGGGUGGAGCUAUGCCACAGAAAGCUAUACAUUUAAAAAAAAAAAAUAUUUAAGCAGAAUUAAAGAGAUUUGAUCAGGGAAAGAAUAAACGUGCAGAUGUGAUCAAAACCCAUCCAGUGCAUUUAAAGGGACAGUAUAGGCACCUAGAGCACUUCCUCUCAUUGAUGUGUGUGUGGUGCCCCUGUCGGGUUGACCCUGCAAUGUAAAUCCUCUUAACAUUGCAGGGUUAAGUCCACCCCUAGUGAUGUCACAGAAGGAGGAGACCUAGCCAGCGGCCAGAGUGCCACGGUGCGGGAGUUAUGGCAAGUAAAAAUUGAUUUUUAACGAUUAACACAUUGGAGCGUGGGGAGACCUAAUCAGUUAGGGAAAGGGACACUAUGGCAUUAAAAAUACAGGUUUGUGUUGCUAAUGCUAGAGUGUUCCCUUGAGUUGUGUUGGUACCCAGAGUGUUAUAUAACCUGUGAUAACCCAGGUUAAUGUAACUUUUCUGUUGGGAUUCUGGUCUGUCACGCUGCAUAGGGCAGAGAUACAGUACAUGCUGAUACCUCUCCUGCACUGUGCAGAAGCAUUUAUAAUUUAAAAUGGUGGGCUGUAUUCUAAACGCCAAGGAUGGGGCAGGCGAGAGGGAGGACUCUGGGUGUACUGCACUCUGGAGGCCUCUUGGCCAGCUGCAUAGAAUGCAUGAAAGGUUUUAGCAAGGUAACUGUACUUACUUUGGGCAUUAUCAUUACAUCCAAACUUUCAACUUUCUUCUACCUCCUGUUGCCAUUUUGUUUUUUCAGAAAACACAAUCCCAGAAAUGUCAUCCGGUUCCCUAACAAAGCAGAACGUUUUAAAUUCUAAGUUCUAUUUCUCUAUUUUUGUUACACCUAUGCUAUAUGAUAAGAUUGUUUUUCUAUUCUAUGUUCAUAUUUGAGAACCUGUCGGAAACACUGCAAGAUAAUGAAUCUUUAAAAGCUUUUAUCGGCCAAUAUUUCUGUCAGCAUUAAUAAGCAAAAAAAUAAAACGUAAUUACAUCUUUAGGAAUCUCCAAACACCAAGCCAUACAUUGCUGUUGUAUACUUUGUAUACGUUUUAGCUUUGCAUCUCGUCUUUAUUUGUGUUUUAAAUAAAAAAGAGUAAUGAAGGGGUUACAUAACUGCUGAAAGAGGUGGUGUCUCCUCAGGCCGUACAAUUAGAACAUUAGAACAUUUCGUGUGUCACCAGAAUUGACACUCUCAGGUCUUCCGAUAACCUACACAUAGGCUACAAAUAUGUGACACACCUUGUGAAAUUAUUUGCAUAGAGAACAGGGCCUUACCCACCAGACAGCUCCCAUCGACAGCCCACAAAUCAUCCACGACCAUAGCUUCUCAGCCUUAUUUCGCUAAAUACUGGGAACAAGCUGUAAACAAACCGUGGUCCUCCUCACAAUACUCGAAAAUGUGUCCAUUUACAUAACAGCAAAAGAUCCCAAAUUCCGGGGUACAAGUUACACAUAUACCAGUACUCUAAAUGUCGCGUCCAGGCACAAACAGAUCGACAGGCAGUCACCUCUCACUUUUUAUAGUGUUUUACAUUAAAAAGGAUUCAAAGAACUCUCACUUUGCAAAAUCCGAUCAAUUAUGUUACUAUUGCCCAACAUAAUGGUGCUAAUUUUAUUAACUCUGGAAGGAUGAUAGGCUGACAUUAAGAUUUCUGGUUACCCACAGAGACAUUGUAUCUCUUCCACACGUUUGUAGAUGUCAGUAGUCAUGUAACUACUUGGACCAAACACCUGGGUUAUGGGUUGGCAACCUUUGGCACUCCAGAUGUUGUGGACUAGAUCUCACAUAAUGCUCUUACAGCCGUAAUGCUUGCAAAGCAUCAAGGGAGUUGUAGUUCACAACAUUUAGAGUGCUGACAGUUGCCUACCCCAGACCUAAAUAAAUGUUUAUUAACUUGUUCUCAUUCUUCUCUCAUCCUCUCUACCUCGUUGUGUUUAUUUUAAACGUUUGUGUUAGUUAGACACUAAGCUUUCUCCUAGUGACCUUUCAUUUCAUUUGGGUUUAUUCACUAAAGUGAGAAUUGUAAAGAACUGACAAUGAAAUAGGAAAUUAUAACAAAAAUACCCCAGAGACUGGAUACAUUUCAAAACUCACCAAAACUCCAACUCGUUUGUUCCGUCGCAAAAUGUGUAAUCUGUUUAUUCAUUCUUCACAUUUCCCAGUGCGUCUGAUGUUCUGAGAUUAUGAUAGUGAUUUUUCAUUUGUAUUCUCUGUAUGUGACAUUUGAAUAACUGAAAAUAUAAUAAACAUUAUUUAAUUUAAAAAACGAUUUCACCUGCCAUAUAUGGCAAGUACUGGUGGGUUAUUCAAUAAACUGUGAAUUGUCAGGAAUUUAAGUAUUUUUUUUAAUUUUAGAGCAAAAAAAACAAACUUAAAAUACAUCAGACUUGCAGUUCUGCCGUUGUGUCUUAAAUGAUAAAAUGAUAAAAUCCACUUUGAAUGCCCAACGAUUCAUAACCAUAAAAGUACCCCAGGAGUUUAUUAGAACGCAUAGAGGGUUAUUCAAUAAAGUGGGAAUUGUUGGGAAUUCAAGAUAAAUACUUUGGCCUCAAAUUUGAAUUCCUGACAAAUCUCAUGUUAGUAAAAAAAAUGCUAUAAUUCUGUAGGGGUAAAAAUCCUACAUAUUUACUUAUUGCAUUGUGCCUGUGUAAUAUUCCUCUGAUACUAUAAUAUUAUCGAUUCAUUCUGUGCUCUACUUUUAUGUUUAAUAACAAUUAAAAAAAAAAAACGAAGUAUGCAAACCUGUCAUUCCUACUUCUGUUUAUUGCAAUAAAAUGUAUAUAUUAACCCAAACUACACAUUUAGCUAAAACCCACCAAUACUGGGGUUUUGGAACACAGACAUGAACUGUCACAGGAAUUUAAAAAGUAUAUUUACUUAUUUAACAAACGUGUAUUUGUGAAUUUAUUUAACAAAUGUGUGUUUGUGAAGUGUGAAAAAUAAAAAUAAAUCGGCAGCUUUGUUCUGCACCUGGCAGUCAGCAUAGAGGAAGCGUACGGAUAACAUGGGAAAUAUAGAAAUCGAGUUAUUUACUAAAAAGUAAAUUCAAAGUGAAGUUCAAACUUAAAGGGACACCAUGGACCCAUGAAGAACUUGCUAAAAUGCGUUAUGUAUUAAGUGUGUCUUCCUUUUUAAUUUUACAAAAAGUUCACAAUAGAAAUCGACACUUUUAUAAAUGAAUCUUGUUACAUCCCCCCGGGCUGUCAAUCAGACAAUUGGUCCUGUUACUUCCUGGUUUGUUUAGUUGUGGCGAAAUUCCUGUAUUUUUGCAUGAAUUAUUUUUUAAACAGUCUUUGUAUAAUUGUAGUGUGUGUUUGUGUGUAUAUAUAUGUAUAUACAUUAGGAAAAGCCCCAAGGAAUCAUACUUAAAGGAAUAUCAUAGUCACUCAGACUGCUUCAUUUAAAUGUGCAUUGUCCCUGUCCUUUUAACCCUUCAAUGUUAAAUAUUGUUUUUGAUAAAGUGCAAUGUUUACCUUGCAGGGUUAAGUGCACCUCUGGCUGUCAACACAAUACAGCAUUCACCUCUUUAUCAGUUGACUGGUUUUAACUACUUCAGCCUAUUGUAUUGUAAUCAGCCACACAUAUAAAAUGGGAUUUUGAAUGGGAGGGGGAGGUAAGAGUUGAUAAUUCACCACAAGAGAUGGCCACCAACUUGGGAUGGCUGGCUAGGGGAAUAUAAGCAGCAGUCUUACACCAUUAUUCUUCUAGUUAAAAUAGCAGGCUUGCCAGCAGUCCUGCUUUUGGUGGCACAGUCCAAGUGGCUGACUGUCAACUUUUGGCCCAGGGGGCAAGUACAACACAAAGGCCCAUGGGUCAGCAACUUGGCCACAUAUUUAAAAAAAUUAAAAAUAUGAUCUCCCGUGCCAUCUCUUUCCUGCUUGUUGCCCCAAGGCAAUGGCCUCAGUGGCUUUAUGGGAAAUCAGUGUGGGGCAGAGGCAGGGAAGUGAGUGUGUACCUAAACAGCCAUGAGUAGGGAAAACAAGUGGUGCAGUACCCUCCUUGCUGCCCCAAUGCCAUUAUCCUCAAUGCAACCCCCUGACUGAAUAUACAUAACAAACAAAGUUAGGAGUACUCGGUUGCAUGAUUUUAUAUGACUAUUGUGGGGUAGGAUUGAUUGGUGAAUGUGACUAGUUGGUGGUUGGACGAUAAUUAUGAGAGCUGGGAGAGGGUGUGUGCGUGUAUGUAUGUGUGGAGGCUGCUUGUGGGGUUAUAUAUAUGUGGGAAUGCUGCUUGUGUGGAGGUGGCUACUUGUUUUACAUUUGGGGCUGUAGUGGGGGAAUAGAGGCUUUGGUGGGGAGUAGUGGCUAUUGUGGGAUUAUAGGGAUGUAGUUUGGGAUAGUGGAUGUAGUGGCAGAAUCAAGGCUAUAGCGGGGGAUAAAGCCUGUAGUGUGGGGAGUAGUGGCUAUAGUGGGAUUAUAGGGGAUGUAGUUUGGGAUAAUGAAUGUAGUGGGAAAAUCAGGGCUAUAGUGAGGGGAUAGUGGCUAUGGUGGGGGUGAGGGGAUUGUGGCUAUAGUGGUGGGGGUCAGAGGCCACAGUAGAUAAGGUAGUAGUGGGGAGAUAGGGAUAUAGCGGUAGAAUUGGGGCAGUAGUGGGAGGAUAGGGACAAUUAUGGGGUGACCGGGGCUAUAGUGUGGUGAUAAUGGCUAGAGUAGGGGGAAAGAGGCUAUAUUGAGAAAAUAGAGACUAUUGUUGUGUGGAUAUUAUAGUAUAGGUAUAGUUGGGUAUAGUGGGGCAAUAGGGGCUAUUGUAGGGUGUCAGGGACUAUAAUGGGUUGACAGGGGCUAUUGUGGGGUGACAGGGGCUAUACUGGGAUGACAGGGGCACUAGCAGGGUGACAGGGGCAGUCGUGGGGCGACAGGGACUAUUGUGGGGUGACAGGGGCAGUAGUGAGGUGACAGGGACUAUUAUGGGGUGACAGGGGCUACCGUGGGGUGACAGGGGCUGUCGGGGAGUGAUAGCGGCUGUCACAGAUCACUGUGUUCAGUCUGAGGGGCGGGGCCAUGCACAGAUCACUAUGUUCAGUCUGAGGGGCGGGGCCAUGCACAGAUCACUGUGUUCAGUCUGAGGGGGCGGGGCCAUGCACAGAUCACUGUGUUCAAUGUGAGAGGGCGGGGCCAUGCACAGAUCACUGUGUUCAAUGUGAGAGGGCGGGCCAUGCACAGAUCACUGUGUUCAGUGUGCACAGAUCACUGUGGAGGGGGCGGGGCCAUACACAGAUCACUGUGUUCAAUGUGAGUGUUCAGGAGAGGGCGGGGCCAUGUACAGAUCACUGUGUUCAAUGUGAGAGGGCGGGGCCAUGCACAGAUCACUGUGUUCAAUGUGAGAGGGCGGGGCCACGCACAGAUCACUGUGAUCAGUCUGAGGGGGCGGGGCCAUGCACAGAUCACUGUGUUCAAUGUGAGAGGGCGGGGCCAUGCACAGAUCACUGUGUUCAAUGUGAGAGGGCGGGGCCAUGCACAGAUCACUGUGUUCAAUGUGAGAGGGCGGGGCCAUGCACAGAUCACAGAUGUGUUCAAUGUGAGAGGGCGGGGCCAUGCACAGAUCAGUGUGUUCAAUGUGAGAGGGCGGGGCCAUGCACAGAUCAGUGUGUUCAAUGUGAGAGGGCGGGGCCAUGCACAGAUCACUGUGUUCAAUGUGAGAGGGCGGGGCCAUGCACAGAUCACUGUGUUCAAUGUGAGAGGGCGGGGCCAUGCACAGAUCAGUGUGUUCAAUGUGAGAGGGCGGGGCCACGCACAGAUCACUGUGAUCAGUCUGAGGGGGCGGGGCCAUGCAAUGUGAGAGGGCGGGGCAAUGCACAGAUCACUGUGUUCAAUGUGAGAGGGCGGGGCCAUGCACAGAUCAGUGUGUUCAAUGUGAGAGGGCGGGGCCACGCACAGAUCACUGUGAUCAGUCUGAGGGGGCGGGGCCAUGCACAGAUCACUGUGUUCAAUGUGAGAGGGCGGGGCCAUGCACAGAUCAGGCUACUCAGACUGAAUGCAGUGAUCCAGAGUCCUGCAGCCAGCAGACACCGUCAGGAGGUAUGGGGGGGGGAGUUUAACCGGCAGAGCAGGCGCCCCUACAGGACAGGAGGUAUGGGGGGGAGUUUAACCAGAAGAGCAGGUGCCCCCUACAGGACAGGAGGUAUGGGGGGGGGAGUUUAACCAGCAGAGCAGGCGCCCCCUACAGGACAGGUGCCCACUCUGCCUAAUGGAAAAUCCGGCCCAGCUGUAACCAGAUUAACAAUAUAUACGGUAGUGAAAACAAAAUUUAAAAAAACAAAGUGAGAAUUCAAAUUGAUUUUCAAUUUUAAGGUAAAAAUAGCCCAACCGGAAACAUUCUCUAAUUCAGAUGGGCUUCCAGAUCGGCUACUCUGGUCUUAAAACAGAAAUUCACUUUGAAUUAUCACUUUAGCAAAUAACCCUUUUAGUUACAGCCCUAAAAUGUGUGUGUGAAUGAACUGGCAACCUGUCUGGUCUCACAGCAGAGAAUGAGUCAAAACAUAAAGCAGACAUGAGGAAAUACCGCAUAGCUUCCAAUGGAAUUAAAGGGAAAUUUAAAGGGAUUAAAGGCAUUUUUAAUCUUAGAUUUACUUAAUCCCAACAUGUAACAAAUACGUGUUUGUGACAUCGGAAAAUAAAAUGUAGGAAUCCACACGCUGUGCUUAUUCCGGAGCUGAGCGCCGCCAUCUUGGCGUCCUGCCAGACAUUGUUAAAUGUUCUGCCCCGUACACCUGUCAGUUAACACAGAGAGAGCAAUUAGCGAUGAGGAGGCACAGUAGCAACGGGGAGGGGGCGAGGGAUCAGUCAAAGUGUCGCAGCUAUCACACUUUUUGGGGGAUGAUUUUUUUUUUUUUUCAUAUAUUAGUUAUAUAGCAUCCUCGAGCUUUAUUUACAAAACAAUAAAUGUAAAAAGAAAUCAUAAAACGCAAGUUGGAAAAAGAUUUCGACUUGGCUAUUUUGGAGUAAAGUUUGAUAUUCACAUAUCAGUUAAAAAAUAAUUGCCCCGGACUUUCUCUGCGGUUCCGUCUACUCCCUAAACUGAACAUUAAGAUUUAAUGACAUAUUCCUGCCUUUUCCUAAUCAGUUUUGUGAGAGUUUUGGCUGGACGGGAAGACAUUAGGGAGGGCAGAAUUUGGCACAAAAACCUGUUUACUCAGAGAAAUGAGGCAUGGAGAGGGGAGGCAUGCUGGGUAAAUUAACUGCUUGGAUGCUGAAGGGGGAGAACAAGGCAAAGGGUUAAACAUAACAUUUUUGGACCCAGUGGUAGGUCAUUGUUCCCUUAUCUCGGUGACCACUAAUGAUAUAUUUUUGGGGGCGAGCAGUGCUGCGGGGGAGGCAACACCAUCCGUCCGUGAUGCUUCAAGUAACAGGGGGCAUCUUCACCGAAAUCCCAUAUGAAUAAAAGCUCAUUCCAGCUCCAUACACGAAAUCCAUUUACAAAAUCAGGUUGUUUUUCUGUUUGUAAUAUGUCAAACAUUACACAAUUAACAAAAAAAGUUGCCAAUAAAAAAUGUAAACAUUUAAUUUGCCAUGUGCAUUAAAAUGUUGCAUUGCAAAUAUGGUCGAGUUACAAAAUGUGCAUCAUCAGAUGUUAGUGUUAAUAUUAGGGCUAGGGUUAGUGUUAGGGUUAAUAUUAGGGCUAGGUUCGGUGUUAGGGUUAAUAUUAGAAUAAUGUUCGGUGUUAGGGUUAAUAUUAGGGCUAGGUUCAGUGUUAGGGUUAAUAUUAGGGCUAGGUUCGGUGUUAGGGUUAAUAUUAGGGCUAAAUUCAGUAUUAGGGUUAAUAUUAGGGCUAGGGUUAGUGUUAGGGUUAAUAUUAGGGCUAGGUUCAGAGUUAGGGUUAAUAUUAGGGCUAGGGUUAGUGUUAGGGUUAAUAUUAGGGCUAAGUUCAGUGUUAGGGUUAAUAUUAGGGUUAGGUUCAGAGUUAGGGUUAAUAUUAGGGCUAGGUUCAGAGUUAGGGUUAAUAUUAGGGCUAGGUUCGGUGUUAGGGUUAAUAUUAGGGCUAAAUUCAGUAUUAGGGUUAAUAUUAGGGCUAGGGUUAGUGUUAGGGUUAAUAUUAGGGCUAGGUUCAGAGUUAGGGUUAAUAUUAGGGCUAGGGUUAGUGUUAGGGUUAAUAUUAGGGCUAAGUUCAGUGUUAGGGUUAAUAUUAGGGUUAGGUUCAGAGUUAGGGUUAAUAUUAGGGCUAGGUUCAGAGUUAGGGUUAAUCCUCCUCCAGUCUCUGUAUUGUCAGUGAGUGUCAGUGGUUUUAAUCCCCCUCCAGUCUCUGUAUUGUCAGUGAGUGUCAGUGGUUUUAAUCCCCCUCCAGUCUCUGUAUUGUCAGUGAGUGUCUGUGGUUUUAAUCUCCCUCCAGUAUCUGUGUUGUCAGUGAGUGUCAGUGGUUUUAAUCUCCCUCCAGUCUCUGUAUUGUCAGUGAGUGUCAGUGGUUUUAAUCCCCCUCCAGUCUCUGUAUUGUCAGUGAGUGUCAGUGGUUUUAAUCCCCCUCCAGUCUCUGUAUUGUCAGUGAGUGUCAGUGGUUUUAAUCUCCCUCCAGUCUCUGUAUUGUCAGUGAGUGUCAGUGGUUUUAAUCCCCCUCCAGUCUCUGUAUUGUCAGUGAGUGUCAGUGGUUUUAAUCUCCCUCCAGUCUCUGUAUUGUCAGUGAGUGAGUGUCAGUUAUUUCCUGCUGCGAGUGUUCCGAACAGUUAGACAAACUGACACAUUGUCUCACACUGGGGACACUGCAGCCGGCACCGGUGGGAGGCAAUUCACCAAAUUCCCAGUUUUGUUUAUAUAAAAAGUUUGUAUAAAAGUCCAUCACUGGGAGGUAAGGAUUUGGGAUGGAUAGGGGCAGCUCAUGCGCAGAGCGUUGCUGAAACUCAGGGACCAUUGACACAGAUUCCCUGAAUUUGCUUAUCGCAGUAACUAAAUGGCUGAGGCUAUUACAGUCUCACAAAGUCUCCUAUGCUUGACCCCCAAAAUUUGUCAGCAAGGAGUCGGACAGGAGUAUGGCGGUUGGGGGGCGGUGUCCAUGAUACAAUAUUUGUUAACGAUCUAUAGACUGUAAGCUCGUUUGAGCAGGGUCCUCUUUAACCUAUCGUUCCUGUAAGUUUUCUUGUAAUUGUCCUAUUUAUAGAUAAAUCCCCCCUCUUAUAAUAUUGUAAAGCGCUACGGAAUCUGUUGGCGCUAUAUAAAUGGCAAUAAUAAUAAUAAACGACACACGUGGUUGUAAAGGGGAGGUUUCCUUGCGUCCGUGUGUGCGUAUCCUCUAUACACGUUCACCCCGCCGCCCUGAUAGCUGGUUUCAGCCAAUCCGCUUUCAAAGAGCAGAAACGCCUGUUAUAGUCUAGCGCGGUCUUAAACGCUGCGCUCACCAACAGGAUAAUUCACUAAAAUGUGCAUUUUCAGAAAUUCACAGUGAAUUUCACAUUGAAGGCCAAAGCAUCGCUGGUAUAGAGAGUAUUUCCAGUUUGGCUAUUUUUACCUCGAAUUUAGCAUUGAUUUCGAAUCCUCAAUUUAGUGGAUAUCCCUGUGCAUGUUUUCAGUAAAAAAAUUGAUAUAUUUUUUUUUUUUUACAUUUUAGAGCAAAGAAACAUGACUAAACUUAGCAGAAGUAAACAGUGAAUUGUAGUGAAUCAAAAACUGAAUUGUUAAAUUGAGGUAAAAAGUGAAACUGUCACUCCGUACCUGGCCCACCGCAUUUCUCUGCAUAAUUGUAGUUUUCUUAGUAAAAAAAAUAUAAAAAAAAUACUACUUGUAAUAAAAUUGUCCUCUUACGUAAUGUGAUAAAGUAAGAUUGUUCCGGAAAUCAAAACUAUUUUUAUUUCCAGUCACGAAACGUGUAUAUAUAAUUGGAAAUGUUAUAAAAUGGUUUCUUCAUUAGCCAUAUGUGUAAUUUAGGGGACAAGUAAUCUAAUGUCAGAGUUAUUUACUAAACUUUGAAUAGCAGAGAAUUAUAUUCCUAAAUCCAAAAUAUAGUCUAAAAUAGGCCCGCUGUAACUAGAUCUGAACAGAUUGGCUAUUUUUGCCUCAGUUUUCCCAAUACUUUACAAUUCUGGAUUUAGUAAUGUCAAAAUAGCUGAGUUGUGUCAACAGUUGUAAAGCUUUAAAUUGAGGGGUUUUUCUCAAUUUGAUUAUUUCGGCCCAUAUUCUGUCAGUUUUCGGGCUGCUCACGUUCGCUGUUUAGAGAUUAUAUAAAAUGUUCUAUUUUAAAAUUCCACAUGCACAGCACAUUCUUAGCCAUAGGACGGGGAUGGCCCCAUGCCAAGAGAGUAAACCAGAGCACGGUCUGUCCUUAUACAGAAUUCUUACAAGUCCUUAAUUACAUUACAAUUAGAACAGUAGGUAAAUUAGCAGUUUGGCUAUUAAUCCUGUUUUUGGCUAUCAAGGAUUUGAAUACAUUAAAUUUCACUUGGAAUGGGACGUGUGUCUUUAAAAUCCUGAAUGAGCUACGAUAAGGUUAGAAUCAGAAAAUAUCUCCUAAGUGAAGGUAUAUGCCCUGCUACCUCUGUAUAAGAAAAAGGUGAGAGGUGCUUGCCCUGCUGCCUCUGUAUUACUAGAAGGUGAGAGGUGCUUGCCCUGCUGCCUCUGUAUUACUAGAAGUUGAGAGGUGCUUGCUCUGCUGCCUCUGUAUUAGGAGGAGGUGAGAGGUAUGUGUCCUGCUGCCUCUGUAUUAGGAGGAGGUGAGAGGUAUGUGUCCUGCUGCCUCUGUAUUAGGAGGAGGCGAGAGGUAGGUGUCCUGAUGUCUAUGUAUUAGCAGGAGGUGAGAGAUAUGUGUCCUGAUGGCUGUGUAUUAGGAGGUGGUGAGAGGUACGUGUCAUUAAAUUUGUUUAUAAAGAGAAAUAUAAUGACAGAUAUGUGCCCUGCUCUCUCUGUAUUAGGAGAGCUAAAAGAUACUUACUCUGCUGCCUCUGUUACUAGUAGGAGGUGAGAGCCAUGUGCCCUGCUCUCUCUGUAUUAGGAGGUGAGAGGUACGUGUCAAUAUAUUUGUGCAUAAAGAGAAGAGGGUAGAUAUGUAUUCUGAUGGCUGUGUAUUAGGAGGCGGUGAGGGGUGCAUACACCCCUGCUUGUGUAUUAGGAGGCGGUGAGGGGUACAUACACCCCUGCUUGUGUAUUAGGAGGCGGUGAGAGACACACACUGCUGCCUGUGUUUUAGGAUGUGGUGAGAAGUACGUGUCCUGAUGUUUAUGUAUUAGAAAUAGGUGAGCAUAUGUGACUAGAUCUAUGUGUAUUAAGAGGAGGGAGAGGUGUUUUUCCUGGUGUCUCUAUAUUAGGAGGAGGGAGAGUUAUUUCUUGAUGUCUCUGUAUUAGGAGGCAGUGAGAGUUGUGUCCCCUGAUGUCUCUGUAUUAGGAGGAGAGGAUGGAUGGGAUUGUUUAUUAGGAGGUAGUGAGAGUUGUUUCCCCUGAUGUCUCUGUAUUAGGGGGGGGAAUGGGUGUGAAUGUUUAUUAGGAGGCAGUGAGAGUGGUGUUCCCUGAUGUCUCUGUAUUAGGAGGAGGGGAGAUGGGUGUGAAUGUUUAUUAGGAGGCAGUGAGAGUGGUGUUCCCUGAUGUCUCUGUAUUAGGAGGAGGGGAUGAAUAGGGUUGUUUAUUAGGAGGUAGUGAAACUGUGAGAGGUGUGUCUCUGUAUUAGGCUGAAAUGCAAGCUAUGUAUAUUGAAGUCUGUGUACUAUAGGAGGAGGAGAGGGAUAUAUCUGAUCUCUCUAUCAGGAGAAGGAAGAUCUGUGUAUAAGAAGUUAAAGGAGCAGAGUCCUGGUAGUGUAAGCAUUGUGUGACUCUGGAUAUUAGGAGUUAAAUGGACAGAUCUCAUGUAUUUUAGGCACUGCCUGACACUGGGAAUUGGGAGUACAACGGUAAGUGUCCAGUGCAUUGCAAGUUUGAUACUGUAUACUAGCAGUUAAAGGGCCAGUGUCCUGUUUAUUGUAAGCACUGUGUGAUGUGUGAUACUACAUAUUAGGAGUUAAAGGGACAGUGUCCUGUGUAUUGUACAUGUGUGUUACUUUGCAUUAAGAGUUAAAGGGGCAGUGUCCUGUGUAUUGUAAAUUUGUGUAUUACUCUAUAUCAGUAGUUAAAGUGGAGUGUCCUGUAUUUUGUACAUGUGUGUUACUUUGUAUCAGUAGUUAAAGGGGCCGUGUCGUGUGUAUUGUAUUGUAAAUGUGUGUUACUUUGUAUUAGAAGUUAAAGAGGCAGUGUCGUGUAUUGUAAAUGUGUGUGUUACUCUGUAUCAGUAGUUAAAGGGACAGUGUCCUGUAUUUUGUACAUGUGUGUUACUUUGUAUCAGUAGUUAAAGGGGCCGUGUCGUGUGUAUUGUAUUGUAAAUGUGUGUUACUUUGUAUUAGAAGUUAAAGAGGCAGUGUCGUGUAUUGUAAAUGUGUGUGUUACUCUGUAUCAGUAGUUAAAGGGACAGUGUCCUGUGUAUUGAACAUGUGUGUUACUUGGUAUUAAUAGUUAAAGGGGCAGUGUCCUGUGUAUUGAACAUGUGUGUUACUUGGUAUUAAUAGUUAAAGGGGCAGUGUCCUGUGUAUUGAACAUGUGUGUUACUUGGUAUUAAUAGUUAAAGGGGCAGUGUCCUGUGUAUUGAACAUGUGUGUUACUUUGUAUUAGGAGUAGAAGGGGCAGUGUCUUGUGUGUAGAGCAGGAGAUAAGAGAGCAGUGAUUAGGUGAGGAGGGAGGAGGGUCAUGUGACAAACACAAACUUUGAGCAGACACAUUGACAAAGUGUGAAGUUGAAUAAACACAGAAGAGGUUCUGAGGGUACGUGUGUAUUGGUGUAUAAUCCGUUUGUGUGUUGGUUUGACUGGGUGUACACCAGGGACCCUGCAGAUCUGCACUGUGUGUGCAUGGAUGUUUUUCUCUUUGCACACAAUUAGUGAGUUAAUCUCAGCAAGGCAUGUUUUGUUGCAUGGGAAUAUAGAAUAUGUGUGUGUGUGUGUGUGUGUGUUAUUUUGCACAAACAAUAAAUAAAGGUAACAGAUUACUGAAUUUUAGAAUCACUAAUAUUUAUAUAUUUACACAAAGAUACAAAAUGCGCACAUACAAUCAGCAACAAAGUGUUCACACAAAUACACAUUCAUUCCAACAUACACAUGAACACACAAUUAUUCACACAUAAACACACAAAUACGUGUUUUCUAAAUAAUUAAACACAUUUUUAUAGAACACAAAUAUAGGAACAUUGUAGUAGGCAGAACACAAAUCUCUAUAUUUGGAAGAGCGCGUACAUAGCUUACAAACCCUGCUAUGUAUACGCAGCGGGGUAUAGAUAUAUACAUACACACACACUCACUCCGAUAUACUCCUGUAAACUUUCACCCAGCAGACCCAGUGAUACACCGUGCACACAGAGACUCACUGUUACAUAGGAUUGUAUGGGAACAUGACAUACUGUGUAAUGUUGUAAAACCAGUUUUGUUCUGCAGAGAGCUGUGGGAUUUCGUGAGCGAGAUACUCUUUGUAUGCUUUCGAGUUAAACUUUACGGACCGCAGAUAAACCGAGCCAAAGGUAAGGACUUCAUUCUAAAUGUAAGCUCUUGGGGCCAGUGUUAGAGAACUACAUUAAAGCAUGAGCAAUGAAUGACAUCUGUUUUAGUUAUAUUUUACUUUACUAUUUAUUAUAAUAUUCAUAGUGUUUUCUAAGCAGCUUUGAUUGUUUUUGGAACCUGUAUUCUUCCUUGCAACCCUCUCCGCAAUUAAUUAUAUAGGGUGAAAGGAGGCGUUAAAAGGAGUAAUAUAAGGAGUUAUAGGGAGGGCUCUAUGGAUUAAUAGGGGGAAUUAUAAUGAGGGUUAUAUGGAGUAAUAGGAGGAGUUAUAGGGAGGGUUAUAUGGAGUAAUAGGAGGAGUUAUAGGGAGAGGUUAUAUGGAGUAAUAGGAGGAGUUAUAGGGAGAGGUUAUAUGGAGUAAUAGGAGGAGCUAUAGUGAGGGUUAUAUGGAGUAAUAGGAGGAGUUAUAGAGAGGGUUAUAUGGAGUAAUAGGAGGAGUUAUAGGGAGGGUAAUAUGGAGUAAUAGGAGGAGUUAUAGAGAGGGUUAUAUGGAGUAAUAGGAGGAGUUAUAGGGAGAGGUUAUAUGGAGUAAUAGGAGGAGCUAUAGGGAGAGUUAUAUGGAGUAAUAGGAGGCGUUAUAGGGAGAGGUUAUAUGGCGUAAUAGGAGGAGUUAUAGGGAAGGUUAUAUGGAGUAAUAGGAGGAGUUAUAGGGAGGGUUAUAUGGAGUAAUAGGAGGAGUUAUAGGGAGAGGUUAUAUGGAGUAAUAGGAGGAGUUAUAGUGAGGGUUAUAUGGAGUAAUAGGAGGAGUUAUAGAGAGGGUUAUAUGGAGUAAUAGGAGGAGUUAUAGGGAGAGGUUAUAUGGAGUAAUAGGAGGAGUAAUAGGAGGGGUUAUAUGGAGUAAUAGGAGGGGUUAUAUGGAGUAAUAGGAGUGGUUAUACGGAGUAAUAGGAGGAGUUAUAGGGAGGGUUAUAUGGAGUAAUAGGAGGAGUUAUAGGGAGGGUAAUAUGGAGUAAUAGGAGGAGUUAUAGAGAGGGUUAUAUGGAGUAAUAGGAGGAGUUAUAGGGAGAGGUUAUAUGGAGUAAUAGGAGGAGCUAUAGGGAGAGUUAUAUGGAGUAAUAGGAGGCGUUAUAGGGAGAGGUUAUAUGGCGUAAUAGGAGGAGUUAUAGGGAAGGUUAUAUAGAGUAAUAGGAGGAGUUAUAGGGAGAGGUUAUAUGGAGUAAUAGGAGGAGUUAUAGAGAGGGUUAUAUGGAGUAAUAGGAGGAGUAAUAGGGAGGGUUAUAUGGAGUAAUAGGAGGGGUUAUAUGGAGUAAUAGGAGGGGUUAUACGGAGUAAUAGGAGGAGUUAUAGGGAGGGUUAUAUGGAGUAAUAGGAGUUAUAGGGAGGGUUAUAUGGAGUAAUAGGGGGAGUAAUAGGAGGAGUUAUAGGGAGGGUUAUAUGGAGUAAUAGGAGGAGUUAUAGGGAGGGUUAUAUGGAGUAAUAGGGGGAGUUAUAGGGAGGGUUAUAUGGAGUAAUAGGGGGAGUAAUAGGAGGAGUUAUAGGGAGGGUUAUAUGGAGUAAUAGGAGGAGUUAUAGAGAGGUUAUAUGGAGUAAUAGGAGGAGUUAUAGGGAGGGUUAUAUGGAGUAAUAGGAGGAGUUAUAGGGAGAGGUUAUAUGGAGUAAUAGGAGGAGUUAUAGAGAGGUUAUAUGGAGUAAUAGGAGGAGUUAUAGGGAGGGUUAUAUGGAGUAAUAGGAGGAGUUAUAGGGAGAGGUUAUAUGGAGUAAUAGGAGGAGUUAUAUGGCGUAAUAGGAGGGGUUAUACGGAGUAAUAGGAGGAGGUAUGGGGAAGAUUAUAUGGAGUAAUGGGAAGAAAGAUCCAGUUUUGCUGCAUGUAAAGUCAGUAAUAUAAAUGAUUAAUGCGAUUUAUUCUCUUGGAGUCCUCCCCUCCUCCUGAUGUUUUUGCUGUGUGAGUGUUUAUAGUCCUGACAGAAUCCAGCUGCCAUCAGAAUCCCUCACACGCUUCAUUUGUGGGUUUAGCCUGGGCUCCUGGGGAUAAGCGGUGGAAAAAUGUUCAUCCAAAAUCCAGAUUAUGUUAGCAGAAACCAUAAUUAACCCUGCGUGUUACCCAGGGAAAAAAAGGUGUUUCUCAAUAAAGAGAGAUUCUGGAAAAUUGGGCAAAAAGUGGAUGAAUCGGUAGGAAUGGGCCCUUGGUUUCCAUGGUAACUGCCCCCCAGAAUGUCUGUUUAUUAGAAAACUCCUAGGGACUCAGGUUUCUCUAUUGUGGAUGGGGAUCAAUCAAUCCAAUACUCUGACACUAAUGGGUUAACUGGUAUCCAGACUGCUGUCAGGUUCAAAUAUUAAACAGCGAACAAACAGGGUAUAUAUUUACUGAGCCGAAGUACUGCUUGUACGAAGAUUGUAAACUUUGUAUUCUUAGUACUACUUCAUUAAAUCUCGAUUUACUGUUCGAUAAUCAGGUAACACAGCAAGUUAUGUCCAUAUAGCUUGAUUUACUGUAAAAUAACAAGAACCAUAACUGUCAUACUGUGAGUUAGCGGCGUUCAAACAGGGCUCACAAUGGCUUGCUGUUAUAUAGACUUAAAUGGGCACUAUUGGCACCAUUCACCGUUUAGUAGAGAGUCUGGAGUCCGGUCUCCAUUAAUGAAAUGGUGAAGACGGAGAUGUGCUCUGCUUUACGCCAUACCAUGGGUAGUGGGCAGUGAUUGGCUGAAAGUGUCACCGGAGCCAACCACUGUCCCCAGCACUGGUAUAAACUAGGAUAGCUAUGUAUUUGCCAUAUAGUAAUUGGAACUAGGGCUGCACACUACCCUGGAUAUUGUGUCAGUAGCGUUUUUGGUUUCUUUAUAUAAUUGGGCUGAUGAAUACUAUAGCCAUUGCCGCUGCCCAAGGGUUUUGGGAGUUAGAACUCCCAAACCUCUUCUAUGCAUUUGUGUUUUUACUAUGUGAGAAGUCACCAGACACGAUCACGGACAUUUUAAAUCCCUCACAAUAGCCACCUAUUUGCUUCUAAAACCAAUCUACAAAUGUACAUAGCAACAAUUGUAUACUUCUAACGGAGUCCUGCUUUCUAGAAUGUGUUCGAAAGCAAAAUCAACUUCCUGUUAGAAUAAUUUUCUAAAUUAAUAUUAAUAUUGAACACUGCCAAGUGCCCUGCGUAUUGCAUGUCACUCCUGACUCUCCAACGCAAGCUACAAACUCUAAUAUCAAGUAUUGUUGGGUGGUUUAACGCCUCAGCUGGCAAAGUGCACACAGACGUCUUAUUAUGCCGUGUCUAUAGAUCUUAGAGAGCAUUCAUAAUUAUAACUAAAACACGAUUAAGAAAUAUUUACUCGUUUUAAACUUAAUCCUCUAUGGUCUGUAGAAAGACAUCUAUGAGGGUCUUAUACACACACCUCCCAAGUGCCCUGAUUUUUGAGGGACAGUCCCUAUUUUAAACUCAAAUCCCUCUGUCCCUCUUUUCUAGGAGCUCCAUAUUGUUGGUGUGUCUGAAUGUAUAACACAACUCCACAGCAAUAAUUCUUCCAGUAAUGUGUCUGAGUUUAUAACAGAGCUCCACAGCAAUAAUACUCCCAGUAAUGUGUCUGAGUGUAUAACAGAGCUCCACAGCAAUAAUACUCCCAGUAAUGUGUCUGAGUGUAUAACAGAGCUCAGUGGCGUACACAUGACCCAUGGGGCCCCGGUGCGAAAAUUGAUCCAGGGGCCCCCCCCCACGCUUACUCGGCGCGGGUCGGGGCCGCAACACAUGGCGGCGGGCACCUGGUCGCAGGGGUUGCAGGGCUGCGACCCCGUGACCGCGGUAUGCACACACACUUAAAGGACCACUACAGACACCCAGAUCACAUCAGCUCAAUGAAGUGGUCUGCGUGCCAGGUCCCUCUAGUUUUAACCCUGCAGCUGAAAACAUAGCAGUUUCAGAGAAACGGCUAUGUUUCACUGAGGGUUAAUCCAGCCUCUGGUGGCUGUCUCAUUGACAGUUGCUAGAGGAGCUUCCGCGAUUCUCACUGUGAAAAUCACAGUGAGAAGACACUGAACGUCCAUAGGAAAGCAUUGAGUAAUGCUUUCCUAUGGGCGGUUUAAAUGCGCGCGCCCCUUGCCGCGCAUGUGCAUUCGGAGCUGAGAGGCGAAGGGAUCCCCAGCGCCAAGGGAGUCCGACGCUGGAGAAAGGUAAAUGCUGAAGACACACAUACACACUCACGAACAAACGCAUACACACUAGCUAAACAGACACACACAUUUACUGACAGAGACAAACUCAGCGACAGACAUACAUACACACUCACUUACAAAACAUACACUUUCACUGACACACACUCAGUAACAGACACACACCCAAUAACAGACACACUCACUGACACACACACUAACACAAACACACACACACACACACACUAACACAAACAAACAAACACACACUAACACACACACUAACACAAACACACACACUAACACAAACACACACACACACUAACACACACACACACACUAACACACACACUAACACACACACUAACACACACACACUAACACAUUUUUUUAAAAUUUAAUCCCCCCAGCCUCCUUACCUUUCGGAGUGCUGGGGGGAUUCCCUGGGGUCCAGUGGUGCUGCUGGGCUCUUGGGGCUCUUGGGUGGCCGGCGCGCGAGGGAGCACUCUGCUCUGAGUGCUUCCUCUUCAGCUCCCUCGCGCGCCGCAUAGGGAUGCCGGAGCCGGAAGAUGAUGUCAUCUUCUGGCUCCGGUAUCUAUUCGGUGUGCGAGGGAGCUGAAGAGGAAGCACUCAGAGCAGAGUGCUCCCUCGCGCGCCCUCCUGCCUGCCUGCCCGGUGACAGCAGGGCCAGCCUCGGGGGGCCCUGGGGUGGUCGGCUCCUGGCCCUGUGGGUACAUACAGGGUCGCAGGGGCGGCCGGGCCCCCUGGUGGGCCGGGCCCGGUCGCAGCCGCGACCCCUGCGACCCUGGUAUGUACGCCACUGACAGAGCUCCACAGCAAUUAUACUCCCAGUAAUGUGUCUGAGUGUAUAACAGAGCUCCACAGUAAUAAUACUCCCAGUAAUGUGUCUGAGUGUAUAACAGAGCUCCACGGCAAUAAUACUCCCAGUAAUGUGUCUGAGUGUAUAACAGAGCUCCCCAGCAAUAAUACUCCCAGUAAUGUGUCUCUAAACUAAUAAUAAAUGUGUUAGGAAAUCAGUCUGUGUAAAUAAAAUACAUUUUCUAAAUUACAUUUUAAUUGCAUAAAUUAAUAAUUAGAUCAUUAACGUUCUCAGAACAGCCCCGCCCCCACUCACACCACUGAAGUCAAAGUGCCCCUCUUUGUCCAUUUGAAAUGUUUGGAGAAAUGUUAUACAGCAAAACAAAAAGUUAUACAAAUUGAUUUUUUUUUUUAAAUUUGUUUUCUGUAAAUGUGACAGCAGUCAGAGUGGGGUUCAGGAUACAAUCUUAAAAAGAAAUGGUCUUAAAACUUAUACAUGUUGCGAAGAACAAUUAUUGGCUAAUGUUUUAAUAAGGACGCAGGUCGGUUCUUUCUCAAUCUGAACUAGAACUUGUGCAGAGUUAAAUCUCUCACUGUAGGAGCUGCAAGAAUCUGCUUGUUAUCGUGGAUUAAGCAAAGUUGUGCAGAAUUUGUGCCCUGCGGCAAGAGGAACGAACCUCAUAAAUACCAGCUGUCUCGGGUCUGAUGGGACAACCACAAUUAUGGGCUUCAAUUCCAGCUUGCGUCUUCCAUGCUGGGACGCAGUGUUAAAAAAAAUAAAUUAAAGGUUGUUUAGAAGUAACAUUAAAUCUAUAAAAGAAACAAGGUGGAUAAUACUUUUUUUUUUUUUUUGUAAUCUAUAUAUUUUUAUUUUUUUUAAAGAAACUUAAUUCAAAAAUAAAGAGAAUACUCCAAGUACAAAUCCCACUACAUCCCAAGGGCCCACCAUUGUAAGAAGUCAAACCAUUACCUGGAGCCCACCGGGCAUCUUCUGUAUUUUAAUCUUUAAGCUCUCCCUUCUGAGCCAGCCUGGCAGUGCAGGGCUUAGCUCAUUGGCUGAGAGCACUCAGAUAAUCUCAGCCAAUGAGCUCCAUGCAGGAGCUUCUUGCUCUCAGUGGGCCAAAGGUAAGUUGUCGAAAUGUUAGUAAACAUAUUGACUUCUUAAAUGGGGGUAGGGGACGGGUACACCAGACUACUCCUGCCUGGCACCAUAACCACUACAGUGCACUGUAAUGGUUGUGACGCUUUGAGUGUUUCUUUGUUACAAUAAAUUAUUUCCUGUGGAUGUCAGUCAGCUAUUCCAUGCCACGCUGUUCCCCUAACGUGUAGCUGUGUUGGGCAGACUAGAUGGGCCGAAUGGUUCUUAUCUGCCGUCACAUUCUAUGUUUAUCUCUGAUUCACUUGUGGGAAUAUGAACAGCUUUCUGACAUCCCCUGACCUGCUCUCGUGACAUCGAUGGGAUCAGGGGAUGUCAGGCACCUUGUUGCCGAGUACACUAAGAAGAACAGGAAAUGCCCAAACUCCUGCCCUUGGAGUGGGGACUAAAAAUGGAUGUCGCUCAGGACCCCUAUAUUUUAAUGUGAUCCCAGAGACCCCCAGAAUUAUAGUUGUAUUCAGUUAAAUAACCACAGGUCCUUCCGACUCCAGAGUGUACUUUUCGUAUCCAGUUCAGGUUGGCGCAGACAGAGGGAGCGCUGUUUAGGGAGCUUUUGAUAGACCCAUUCCCUGGUUUAAUAUUUAUUGGAGGGUUUUCCUGGGAGCUCACUGCGCUAAGAUAAAAUGGACUUGUUAUCCAGCGGUUUCAUGCUUUGCUGUGAAACGUGGUACCUGGGGUUAACUUUCUGAGCCUCUGUUAGAGUAGCUUUAUGCUGGUAAUAUAAUAGCAGAACAGUCAGUGGUCUUCGUUUUCAAUAACAUAGAGCCCGGGGGUGACUAGAAAAACCUUAUGAAGCAGAAUCUCUUCUCUCACAAGGUCACGGCCUUCACGGGGUCCCAGCAGCUGCUAUUUGACCUCAUUUGGGUCAUGAGAUGGAGCAGUCACUUUAAGAAAGGAAAAUGCUCAAGACAAUGAUUUCUUUCACUAUCUUAAAAACCUACAAAAGCUAUCUGCCCUUCAAUGAACUCAUCCAGUUCAGAAGGCCCCUCUCCCAUUCCACCUAUAAAACAGCUAUCCUGAAUGAUAAAUAUAAUAAUGUUUCUAUUUAAUCAAACCUUACAUUGUAUCAUGCAAAUCACAUACCUCCCAAGUGCCCCUAUUGAGCUGGGAAAGUCCCUAUAUUGGGCCCAAAUCCCUCUGUUGCUAUUUUCUCCCCCAAUGUCCCUCUUUUCUAGAAGCUCCAUAUUGUUAGUAUGUCUGAGUGUAUAACAGAGCUCCACAGCAAUAAUACUCCCAGUAACGUGUCUGUAUAACAUAGCUCCACACCAAUAAUACUCCCAGUAAUGUGUCUGAGUGUAUAACAGAGCUCCACAGCAAUAAUACUCCCAGUAACGUGUCUGUAUAACAUAGCCCACACCAAUAAUACUCCCAGUAAUGUGUCUGAGUGUAUAACAGAGCUCCACAGCAAUAAUACUCCCAGUAAUGUGUCUGAGUGUAUAACAGAGCUCCACAGCAAUAAUACUCCCAGUAAUGUGUCUGAGUGUAUAACAGAGCUCCACAGCAAUAAUACUCCCAGUAAUGUGUCUGAGUGUAUAACAGAGCUCCACAGCAAUAAUACUCCCAGUAAUGUGUCUGAGUGUAUAACAGAGCUCCACAGCAAUAAUACUCCCAGUAAUGUGUCUGAGUGUAUAACAGAGCUCCACAGCAAUAAUACUCCCAGUAAUGUGUCUUUAAACUGCAAUAAAUGUUUAAAAAAAUCAGUCAGUGUAAAUAAGAUACAUUGUUAUUGUUCUAAAUUUUAGUUGCAUAAGUUAUUAGUAAGUCACCUACAAUUUCUCCGAAUAGCCCCGCCCCUGGCCACACCUACACCCUAGAGCAAACAUGUCCCUCUUCUUCGAUUUGAUAUGUUGGGAGUUAUGAAAUGACUUUCUAUGAAGGAAGCUGCUCCUUCUGUCCAACAGUUUAUCUGUCUGUCUGUCUAUGGCUUUAUGUAACACAUAAACUACCCGGCACUCUGACUGUGUGUGAAGUAAAGCAUUAAGUUGACCCUGGGAGGGAGGCUGCAGGAGGGGAUCACAGGGGACAUUAGAAUUGCUAUAAGAAUGGUCAUGGGACGAGUGACGACCCUCAGUUCUGUUAUGGUCUUUUGCCUUUUUGGAUGAUUUUUACCAUGAUCUGUGCAGUUCCGGGACCCAAUGGUGUCAGUAAGAUGCUAGAUAGAUAGAUAGAAUAUUCUAUAGCUUUGAUUACAAACUAUGUUUCUAUAUAUUGAAGCCUAAAAUGUAACUGUCUCUUCCCUGAAUGGGACAGUCCCUUGUUCUCUCACCUCAGAUGCUACUGAAAUCGUUUCUGUGGUGAUUAGUGCAGCAGAGUUAAGUAUAACACACUUAUCAUUGCUGCGGGUAUACUGACUCAGGCACACACGUGCAUGUCACAUCUGCCCACACGUAUAGCACACGUAAAGCUAAUAUGCAUGAUAUACUAUGCAAACUUAAAACCCGUUGUAAGAGAUGUUCAGAUUUGGCAAACAUGACCUGUGAGGUGUAAAGCGGUGAAUUCCGUCACACAGAGGAGUUAAAGGACCAAUAUAGUGCCAGGAAAACAUACAACACUAUAGGGUCUCUAGGUCCCCCCCACACUUAUGGUCCCCCUCCCGCCGGGCUUUAGGGGGUGGAAGGGGUUAAAUCUUACCUGUUUUCCCCUGCCGGGCUCCCUCAGCGCAGGGAACUCCUUUUCGCUGUCCUUGGCUGAAUGCGCAUGCGCGGCAAGAGCCGCGCGCGCAUUCAGCCAGUCCAUAGGAGAGCAUUCUCAAUGCUUUCCUAUGGACGCAAGCGUCUUCUCACUGUGAAAAUCACAGUGAGAAGCGCGGAAGCACCUCUAGCGGCUGUCAAUGAGACAGCCACUAGAGGCUGGAUUAACCCAUAGGUAAACAGCAGAAAGGGUUAAUCCUAGAUGGACCUGGCACCCAGACCACUUAAUUAAGCUGAAGUGGUCUGAGUGCCUAUAGUGGUCCUUUAAGGGUUACUCCAACCCAAAAACUUUGUAGUAAUUAUCUCUGUGGUGGUCCACACUCCCCCAAAUGCCCCCCCCCAAAAUUAAAAUGUUUAAAGUUACUAUUUUUUCCAGCGCAGAGGCCAGAUUGAAGCUCGAUCUUCCAUUGCUAACGUCACUCCCCAUAGCAGGAUGGGAAGGGAGGUCAUCGAAUGCAGACUGAGGACUGGGGCAGCAAGGAGCCAACAUGCCAGUGCCUGUUUGGAGCCAACAUGCUCUGCAGACAGACAAGAAUUUUGCAUAGAAUUGAUAUCAGCCAGAAACUAUGGCUAAUGACGCUGGUGGAGAUGGAGUUACACGAUCGGUGGCUUGCAGGGUAAUCUCUGUAUGUGCAGCAUUUCGAAGCAAAACGCUGCACUUACAGACUCCAGGCACCAUGACCACUUCAUAUUACUGAAGUGGUUAUGGUGCUUGGAGAAAGCCUUUAAGGUAUACAAAGAGUGCUUCGCUGUUGUUAUUCUGCAGCAGUCUGAAACGAGAUGCACGGGUCACAGUUUAUGAGAACAAAUGCAAUGGACAGUUCAGAUUGCAAUUUUCUGCUAUUUUUUUCCUGCAGUAAUAUCACUCCACAAGAUGGAAUAUUUUGGAGCAAGAGAUCAUGUAGUAGUAAUUAUGCCGGUCCUAGUGAUAUGGGGCAACUCUGGGGUGGGGGGAAAGGGCCUGCUGAAUGAGCUUUACAUCCAGUGGAAAUGUUGUGUCCAGAUAUUUCAUAAAAGGCUUUGUAAGUUAUGGUAUGAACAUUGUAUCAGUGGGAAUCAUUUUGUCCAGAUUGGAGUUCAUCCCUAGAAUGUUAGAAAGGUCCAUCACAAGAUGAUUGGGGUGAUUUGGAGUUGUCAUUCUUUAGCUCCUCAAAGGACAAUGUUGGGGUAAGUCUGGUUAAACUCGACUGUAUUUAGUGCCGAGGUAAUUAUUAUUAUUAUUAUUAUUAUUAUUUUAUAUUUAUUUAAAAAACCCUACCUAGUUCUUUCAAGCCAGCUUUCCAUGUCUGAAUGAAUCUCUUGAUGUAGCUUAAUGAAAAAGUCAUUGUGUUUAAACACGUGAUACUCCAUCCAAUAUGUGUAGGUUGCACAAGAGAUAAGGUUCUGGGUUUAUUGUUGACAUAUAUUCACAGGAUAAAGGUCUCGCUUAUCUCCAUGCUGCUUAUAAUGUCAGGUUACUUAGUGAUUCUAUAUUGUGGCUGAAAGCAGAAUAGAAUUAAUAACAUAGCCUGAAUAUCUGACGGGACGGUAUUUGUUUAACUCACUAAUCAUAUAAAAGAUGGAAAAUAUACAUUUGUGCAUUGGACAGACAAGAAAUGCCAAUAUGCCAGGCAGUUCUCUCUCUACGAGAGCCAUGGCAACCCCAGACUUUAAUCACGGAGUGGCAGCUGGUACCCCACUAGGCAUUGUCACUGGGUAUCACCCGUCACCCUCAAGGAAAGUGGAAUAUCAUCCAUGAAUUGUGGCAAGCCACUUAGGGAACACGCAUGUCCUGUUUCACCAGUUACUGUUCAGGAUUGAACUGCUUUGUCUUCCUGCCAGUACAAACCCGGGCUGUACAUUUAAUGAGAGAAUAUGCUAAGUCUAGCAGGAACCCUGCCUAGAGGGUAAUUGCUCAAUAAAAACACAUGCUCCAUUUGGUGUUUGAUUGGAGGAUGAUUUCGCAUUGAGAGAUUUGGGUAGAUUUUUGGGCCGUUUUUUGGCUCCCCUGACCCAGAGACAUACUCAUGGGCAGCAGACCCUAGAUUGGUAUGGGGGCUGGAGUGCUGCAAAGCUGAGCAGCUGAGAUUGGGUGGAGUGUGAUGGGCUGAGACAGUCUGAUAAUAUAUUCUGGGUGUAGAAGAUUCAGAGACAACAGGUUGCAACAUGUACAUUCUGUAUGUAACGUGUUGUAUGAAAGGAAUGUGUUAUCUGUGUCUGUGUAUAUACUGCCUAAUCCUGCACAGUGCAAGCUGUGACAGCCAGAGCCUGAGACUCUCUUAUAGACCUGUCCGACCAUCUAUCUAUCCAUCGAUUCACAUAUUCAUCUUGUUCAUUCAUCGAUCUAGUCAUUCACUCGUCCAUUUAUCUGUCCAUCUAUAUAUCUUCUGUGCGUCUAUCUGUCCAUCCAUUCAUCCGUCUAUUUACUCAUUCAUCUAUAAAUCCACCCAUCUAACCAUCCCCAGUGUCCCCAGAUGUGGGCAGUAAUGAGGCAAACUGAGAGUUUUCCGAGUUGUGUUUUACAGUGUAAUUUGUGCUUAAAGGAAUACUAUAGGGUCAGGAACACAAACGUGUAUUCCUGACCCUAGAGUGCAAACCCCACCACUAAGGUGGCUUGCUCCCCCUUACCUCCUUUAAAAGCAUGGAAAAACUCACCUUAAUCCAGCGCAGUGCUGGUCUGCCGGCACUGGCUCCGCGCCCUUUGUGACAUAGCAGAAUGGCCGAUUAUUUGCCAAUCCAAUGCUCUCUUUAGGGAAAGCAUUGGAUUAGCUAAAAACGGCAAGGGGCGGGCCAAAUUUUUAAUCAAUGCAUCCCUAUGAGGAAAAUUCAGCAACCCCAUGCAGAGGGUGGAGAACCUGAACGGCAGGGCUGCUUACUGUGCAGCCCUGAGCCAGGAAGCACCUCCAGUGACCAUCUGAGGAGUGGCCACUUGGAGGUGUCCCUAGGGGCAAUGUAAACACUGCCUUUUCUAUGAAGUGUUUGCAUGAAAAUGCCUGAAGGGAGCUAUUAUACUCACCAGAACAACUAGAACAACUAGAACAACUGUUUGUGACUAAGUGGCUAUUAAAAAAAGACAGGACAUAAACCACUUGCAAUACCCUUGUCUACUUUUGCAAAUGGUAUGCCAUCAUGGUGGUAAUUCUCAUUCCUGGGCUACCAUACGGUCUCAGAGGUAACAUAACCAAUCUGGCAAAUUUCAGUUUGAAAAAAAUGUAAUGUGCUAUAUUUGACCCUUUAACUUUCCAAAACACUGUAAAAUCUGUUAAUGGGGGCUACUGUUGUACACGUGAGACAUCGUUGAAUACAAAUAUGUGCAUUUUAUUGCAGUGCAAGCUAACCGUAUUAUGACAUUCACAGCUAAAAUGUCGGGCGGAACUACAAUUUUGUUUUAAAAAUCUUAAUUUCUCAGUUUUUACAAUUUUAUUUAUAAUCAAUUAUGUUUCAUAUAUGAAUAGUUCAUGCGAAAUUUCUAUUGACUCUGUCCUGAAGGGGUUAAAGUCUUCAUUAAACCACAACAUCACUUCUUGUCCAUUCCUCUAUCUAGAUAAGAAAACUUAAUAAAAAACGGUGCAAUAGUGCAAUAUGUGUACUUCUAUAUCAUUAUGUUGAUUAUAAUAACAUAUAAACAGAAAAACAUAGUGCAAAACUUUAUAACUAGCAAAUCAGUGAGCCAACAUCGUACUAGCACUCACAAAGGCAGAGUGAAUAAAGGACCACUUUACGUUUUCUAAUCUAGAUUCUAGAUGUGUGUCAAUAUCUAAAUGGCUGCUGCACAGAAAUAAUGAGUUUACUUUAUAUCACUAAAAUAGUGGAGUUGUUGUACAUACAUUUUUGAGCAUGUGCAAAUAAGUUUAAUUUACAUGAUAUAUAGAAUUUUUUUGUGCCAUUUUUUUUAUCUUAAAGGGACACUAUUGUCACCAAAACAACCUUAGCUAAAAUAAGCAAUUUUUGUUAUAGAUCAUGCAACUUAGUAGUUAAAUCACUUUGUUUAUAUAGCCCUAGCCAUAUCACCCUGCAUGUGACUAACGCAGCUUUCCUAAAUACUUCCUGUAAAGAGUCAUCUAAUGUUUACACUUCCUUUAUUGCAAAUUCUGAAUGUUGUCUCCGGCUCUGUCAAUAGCUUUCUAGACCUUACAGGAGCCUCGUGUAUGUAUUUAAAGUUUAAUUUACAGAGUAGGGGAUAAAAACUUAUAAAGCAAGUUAACAUCUGAUUGAAAAAGAAAAAGAAACCAUUUUGUUUCCAUGCAGGCUGUGUCAGUCACAGCCAUGGGAGGUGUGACUAGGGCUGCAUAGACAUAAACAAAGGUGAUUUAACUCCUAAAUGGCAGAGAAUUCAUCAGUGAAACUUCAGAUGCAUGAUAUGUAGACCCAAACUGCUUCACUAAGCUAAAGAUGUUUUGGUGACUAUAGUGUCCCUUUAAUUAUUUUGUGGACUAUUUCUCUAUCUGAUUGUGUUAUUCUCUAUAUAGAAACAUUAAUUAAUCUAACCUUUAUCUGUAUCUAGGUAUGUUUGACUCCCUCUCUGUAGAUUUGCUUCCUUUCUCUACUUUCCCUAGGGGCGGACGCUCACAUAUUAUUACAAUACAAAGUAGGUCAGUCCAUAUAAUGGGUCUCAUUGUGUCUGUGUUUCUGUCAGGAUGGGCGUGA